AUGUUCGACUGGAUGUGGGAAGGGAGUCUUAGAGCCUUCGACGCUCCUGGAAGCUACACCAUCGCCCUCCAAGCUUGUGGCGUCAGCAAGCGAUGGCAAGAAGCCGUCCGCCUGCACCAGAGUCUGCCAAAGAUGCAGAUAACGCCCGACCCAGUGGCCUGUGUUGCGGUACUUGAAGCCUUAAGCCACCAUGGUCUCGGCUACAAGCUCUUUCGGGCUGCCUUCAGCCGAUCCAGGGCCCUGCGCCGUCGCCCCCGCAGCUCCAGAGUGGCUUGCGAGGGAAGCCCAGAGAGGUUCAUUGCCGUUCAGUGGUGGCUAGCAGCGGCGUUUCCGCAGCUGGACCAUCAUCCCCUGGACGACCUUGGGUCUCCUCAGCAGAUGAUGCCGAACCAAUACCAUCCAGAGAACCGCUGGCCGCAGUUCUGGGCACAACCUGGUAACUGUAACUACCAGUGGCCGAACGGCGACCAGGGCCAGUACACUGAAGCCGAAUGGAUGCAGUGGCAGUGCGAACAGCAAGUUCAAGCUGUGUCCUACUAUCAGCAACCGCUCAGAUCACAGAAUCAAGGCGGCUCCUCGCAGUCGAAGCAGAAGAACCCGCCCAAAGGCGACAGCGGACGGCGGUGGAAGUCGGGGGACAAAAAGGGCAAGUCCGGCGCAGCCAAGGACCAGCCGAAAGCUACGCCUGUUGAAGUGGAAACGAAGCCACUGAGUCGGGCCGAAGCUUUUGCCGAUGCCAGCGGCGCGAAAGGGAGCAAGGCGGCAGGAGGAUGGGGCGACGGUCUCACGCGUGACGUGAAGAUUUCAAAGACGUUGACUCAAAUUCUCCGGCACAAAGCACCCGAGCUGGGGUUAGGGAUCCAGCCCGAUGGCUACUGCUUGCUGGAAGAGGUGCUAGCCUGCCCAUGGUUAAAGGAGCUGGAUGCCACGUGGGAUAUCGUUCAAAAAGUUGUCCAGAAGAGUGACAAGAAGCGCUUCGAGCUGCAGGACGUGGGUGGAAGCAUCUACAUCCGGGCGGUGCAGGGGCAUUCAAUCAAGGUCAUAGAUGAUGACAAGCUGCUGAAGAAGCUAGAGCUCGAGCCGGCAGGCGAGCUACCGAAGGACUGUGUGCAUGGCACCUACCGCCGGCACUUUGAAUCAAUCCGCAAGGUGGGCUUGUUGGCCGGAGGAGGACAAGGUCAGGGCUUCCGCAACCACGUGCAUUUCGCACCGUAUGCGCCCGGCGACAAGCGCGUCAUUUCCGGCAUGCGAUACGAUUGCGAGAUUGCGAUCUGGAUCGACCUCAAAAGGGCCAUUGCUGAUGGAGUGCCUUUUUACAUCAGCGCAAACCAAGUUAUUCUCAGCCCCGGGAUCAAGGGGAUCAUCGACAAGAAAUACUUCCUAAAAGCUCGCGAUCUGCAGAAGAAGGAGGACCUGAAGCUUGAGGUCGCAGAUCAAGCGCUCCUUCCCGGAAUGCAGUGA